GCGUUUCGGGCCCAACACUAUCAGUUGUCAAAAAAGCAAUAAUUUAUUUUAAUAUUUAGUAAAUAAUUCCUGUUCUUAUUUUUGGAUUAUUAUUAAUUAAAGUGUAUCUGGCGGGCUGAUUGUAUUUUUGGAAAAUUCUGCGUGUCUGUUAAAUGCAUAUUUAACGGGUUAAAAGUGCACCGAAGCGAUAUAUCAAGUAUAAAAGCAUGUACACAUAAAAAUGAGUAACAUAUGCUGCGUAGAUGGCUGCCCACCGCCAAAAGAUGAUGUGACGUUUUUUAGAUUCCCAAACAGCAGAACCCUCAAACGCAAAUGGCUGGAAGCUAUACCGAGCACGGUGCGAGUGACCGUGGACACCACGGUGUGCAGCAGACACUUCCUGGCCGAACAGUAUGAGGUGGUCCGGAGCAAGAGACGGCUGAAGGCCAAGGUGGUGCCCAGUGUCUUCGACACGAUUGCCAAACCUACACCCAAAACAGAUGAUCCUAAGGCUGACAUACAGACAGACAGUAUUAAAGAAAUAGUCAACGAUGUUACCAUAGACAAUAACACAGAUGUAGAACAAAAAACAACUUCACCGCAACACAGAAUAGAAGAUGAUGAACCAUUAAAAGGCAACAAUGAAAGCAGUACGCAAAAUGGGCACCAAGAAGACAUAGUUAAAAGAACGGAACCAGAUAACGUAUCAAUCACAGAUUCCGAAAUCAGCAAUAAAGACAUAGAGGAUAUAAUAGCAAAUUACCAAAUCAAACAAACAAGGCCUUUGCACAAAGACACAGAAAGUGACCUGAAUGGGGAAACAGAGAGAAACAACGCAAAAACAUCAGCAGCGAGCGAACAGUUAAAGACUGUGGAAAUAGAAAUAGAGGGAACUAGCGAAGUGAUCGAUGUGGACAAUGUAGCGGAUCCUGUAUUCAUUGAAGUGUCUGUAGGGAAAGAUGGUGGGGUCCAAGAGGCCAGCAACCAGGACUGCAUGCUGCUGCUGGAGAGCGUGCAGUGCGAGGUGGACCCCAGCUGCCUCGUGUUCCCCGACCCCGAGCCCGAGCCGGACUCCGAGGGGGCCGACUCCGACGUCGUCGACCUGGGGGAGAGGUGGGUGCCAUUGCCCCUCUGUAGAUGUCAAGAGGCCAGCGACCAGGACUGCAUGCUGCUGCUGGAGAGCGUGCAGUGCGAGGUGGACCCCAGCUGCCUCGUGUUCCCCGACCCCGAGCCCGAGCCGGACUCCGAGGGGGCCGACUCCGACGUCGUCGACCUGGGGGAGAGAAAAGAAGACCCGAUAAGUCUUCUAACAUCCAGCGAUGAAGACGAGGUGAUCGUCCAAGAGCCGGAGUACGACAUGGUGGAGGUCUCCGACGAAACGGACGAGGACGACGUGCCGCUGGUGAAGCUGGUCGCCAAACCGAAGUCAAAGUCCAAAGUCAAAGCCAAGAAAACGAAGGACAAGUCCAAUUUCAACAGAGACGCAUUAACAAAGAUACUAUGGGGACAGUUGUAUGAAUAUUUUUGUUUUGAAUGCCAUUUUAAGACAACGAGUCGGGCUGAGUUCAAAGCGCAUUCAAAAGAUCAUUCAACGGUUAUCCAAGUUUGCCAGCUUUGUGAUUAUACCACAUCGAGUAACCAACAAUUCAUAAGGCAUAAAAGAAAACACAGAGAAGAGAAGAAAUACAAAUGUCAUCUAUGCAAAUAUAAAGCAAGACAUAACAUGAGCUUGAUUUAUCACAUGAAGUCCCACGAGGAAGUGCAAAUAAUUGAAGACGGUGUUUUUAAGUGUGAAAAGUGUGAUUUUAAAACUAGUGUUAAAAGGGCCCUUUUACAACACAUCCGGGCAUGUCGGGUUAAACGGUUUUCAUGUAAUUCGUGUAGAUACAAAACGAAUAGACGGAGUGAUAUGAAGAGGCACAAGAGCAGGAUUCAUCGGGACAGUGAUGAUGAUGACGAUUAUGUGCCAUGAUUCUGAUCUGGAUUGUGUUUGGACUAUUCGCAGUUUUGGACUGUGACAAAAUUUCCUCUAUAGUUUAUUAUUUAAAAAAAAAAAAAAAUUUUUGUCUAUCAAUGAUUAGUUGUUUUACUAUUUUUUUUUUUAAUUUGGGAUGUUUUCAAGUGCAGACAAGUGAAUAUAUUUCACUUCCUACUUAUAGAAGAUGAAAGUUAGUCACUCCAUGUUCUUACCAUAGUUUAGUUACACGGUGCUCGGGAGUUUUUCAUCCUCCUCCUAACAAGUUAGCCCGCUUCCAUCUUAGACUGCAUCAUCAUUUACCAUCAAGUGAGAUUGUAGUCAAGGGCUAACUUGUAAAGAAUAAAAAAAAAAAAGUUUUCCCAUAAUAUCAAGGUGUUGACGAGCCAAACUGCAUAACUAAUAUUUUUUUUACUAAAAAAAAAUUUUUAGUUUUCAUCUGACCAUAACUCUGACUCAGUAAUUCAAAUAAUUCCGACUAUCCAUGUAACACUCUCCUUUAUCUAUCCUUGCAUUUUAAAAUACGUAAAACUUGAUUACGUCAUAGUCAAAAGCCUCAAUAGCCUCAAUAGCUCAACGGUAAGAAAGGGUUGGAUUCAUCACCGAGAGGUGGUGGUUCAAUCCUCACCCCGUUGGUCUACUCCUGGCACAGUCUUUCCCGACUAGUUGGAGGGGAAUGGGAAUAUUGGUCAUAUUAAAAAAAAAUUUUUUGGCAAAUAUUCUUUUUAAAAAAAAAAUUAAAAAAAAAAUAUAUAUAAGGAAAAAUAUAUGAUCUAUUUACAAAAAAAUAUAAUUUCCCCGAAAAUAUUAAUUUUACAACACGUACCUUGAACAUUUUUAAUUAAUUUUCAGUAAAGAAUAUUUUAUGCUAUAACCCCAGAGUCAGUGUUACCAACUCCCAAAAAUAUUAAUCCCUAAAGUUUGUGCCAAAAAAUUGUGAGAUUGUAGUCAAGGGCUAAUUUGUAAAGAAUAAAAAAAAACUCUAUAGUAGUCUAUGGUGGGAGCAUGUAAGAAACUAUCAUCUUUUAUUGAAUGAGGAAAGUGUGGGCAUCACAGGCAUUUAUUCUACUUGGGUCAUUUUGGGUCAUUUUUUUCGAUAAAUUCUUAUAUUUUAUCUUGUGGUAGACUCUGGUUAGUUACCAUUACUACAAACAAUCAAAACGUUUUGAAAGUAUGCAUUUGUAAAUAAAUAAUGAUUAUUUAAUAGUAAUCUGUAAAUAUAAAAUUGAUUAAAAAAAUG